CCUUCACGUGUGAAGCUUGCAUAACUGUGAAACCUACAUAGACUUAUUACUUUCUUCUUGCCCGCGUUGUUGACGGAGGCAGAAAGCUACUUCUCUCUUUUUGAUCGUCCUCGCCUCGGCUCUUCCCGCGUGUUCCUCUGACGGACACUGCUGGCAAGUUUCUCCCCCAAGGGACGAAAUAUGGAAUGGCAGUUGCCAUAACGGAAGGCAGAACAAGCGUAUUCUGAAGUCCAGGAAAAGUGGUUUGUAAAUCAUGAUGCAAGAGACGGCCACAGAGACAAUAAGCAACAGUUCACUGAGUCAAAAUGGAUUGAGCAACCUAAGCAACCAAUUAGAUGCUGGCGCGCGCGACGGCAGACUGAGCACUGACACAAGCGGGGAUGUAAGCACAGUCGAGCUGCUGCAUCUCCAACAACAGCAGGCCCUACAAGCAGCAAGGCAAUUACUCCUCCAUCAGUCAGGCAGCGGCCUGAAGUCUCCAAAGAACAGCGACAAACAGCGUCCACUGCAGGUGCCAGUGUCUGUGGCCAUGAUGAGUCCACAGGUGAUGACCCCCCAGCAGAUGCAGCAGAUCCUCCAGCAGCAGGUCCUCUCCCCACAGCAGCUCCAAGCCCUCCUGCAGCAGCAGCAAGCCGUCAUGCUGCAGCAGCAACAUCUGCAGGAGUUUUAUAAGAAGCAGCAGGAGCAGCUUCACCUUCAGCUUCUGCAGCAGCAGCACCCGGGCAAGCAGUCCAAAGAGCAACAGCAGCAGCAGCAGCAGCUGGCGGCCCAGCAGCUCGUGUUCCAGCAGCAGCUCCUGCAGAUGCAGCAGCUCCAGCAGCAGCAGCACCUGCUCAACAUGCAGCGGCAGGGCCUGCUGACCAUGCCGCCCGGACAGGCCGCCCUCCCCGGACAGACCCUGCCCCCGCCAGCAGGCCUGAGUCCAGCCGAGCUGCAGCAGCUGUGGAAGGACGUGACCGGCGGCCACAACAUGGAGGACAACGGCCACAAGCACAGCAGCAGCAGAGGCAGCAGCGGCGCCGCCGAGAGGGAGAGGAUUAGCGCCGCCGAGAGGGAGAGGAUCAGCGUCAGCAGCGGCGACGGCGGCUGCGGUGGCGGCCUGGACCUCACCACCUCCAACUCCACCUCCACUACCUCCUCCACCACGUCCAAAGCCUCGCCGCCCAUCUCCCACCUCAGCCUCGCCAACGGCCAGUCCCCGGCCCUCAGCUCCCGGAGAGAGAGCUCCUUGCAUGAGGAGACAGGCGCCGCUCACUGUCUCUAUGGUCACGGAGUGUGCAAGUGGCCCGGAUGUGAAAGUGUCUGCGAAGACUUUGGACAGUUCUUGAAGCACCUUAACAGUGAGCAUGCUCUCGACGACAGAAGCACAGCACAGUGUCGAGUCCAGAUGCAGGUUGUUCAACAACUAGAAAUACAGCUUUCUAAAGAACGUGAGCGUCUUCAGGCGAUGAUGGCCCACUUACACAUGCGACCCUCUGAGCCAAAGCCAUCUCCCAAACCUCUGAACCUGGUUUCGAGCGUCACCAUGUCCAAGAACCUGCCGUCGGUGUCCCCGCCCACCCUACCUCAGACGCCCACGACGCCCACGGCGCCCAUCACGCCGCUCUCCCAGAUGUCCCAGGUGCCCUCCGUGCUCAGCCCCGCCAACGUGCCCAGCAUGGGCGCCAUGCGCCGACGCCACUCCGACAAGUACGCCACCAUGCCCCUGUCAGGUGAGGAGCCGCGCCAACGCACGCACACACACACGCACACACAGUUUUAUAAGAACGCCGACGUGAGACCCCCCUUCACGUACGCAACCCUUAUUAGACAGGCGAUCAUGGACUCCAACGACAUGCAGCUCACUCUUAAUGAGAUUUACAGCUGGUUCACGCGCACCUUUGCCUACUUCCGCCGCAAUGCUGCCACCUGGAAGAAUGCAGUGCGUCACAACCUCAGCCUGCACAAGUGUUUUGUGCGCGUUGAGAACGUCAAAGGGGCCGUGUGGACAGUGGACGAGAUGGAGUACCAGAAGAGGCGCUCCCAAAAGAUCACAGGAAGCCCCACGCUGGUGAAGAACCUGCCCUCCAGCCUGGGCUACGGAGCAGCUCUAAACGCCAGCCUGCAGGCUGCCUUGGCGGAGACGUCCAUGCCCUCACUGCUGGGAGGCGCGGGCCUGCUGAGCAGCUCGGCGGGGCCUCUGGCCGGCAGCCCCCCCAUCCUGAUGAGCGCCAGUCCGCCCAGCCUGCCCCCGCCCACCCACGAGGAGCUCAACGGCACGCUAGAGCACCUGGACACCAACGGACACGCCAGCCCCGGCUACUCCCCGCAGACUCACCUGUCCUCCAUCCACGUCAAGGAGGAGCCGCUCAACAUGGAUGAUGACGACUGUCCGAUGUCGCUGGUGACGACAGCCAAUCACAGUCCAGAGCUAGAGGAGGAUCGUGAGCUGGAGGAGGGCAACCUAUCGGAGGACCUCGAGUGAUGGAUGAGCCCCACCUUCUCAACCCUUCUCAGUAUAACAAACCACACCAAUUCUGUCUGUCCAGAUUAGCCACAAGGCCACGUCCAUAGAACAACCCCCCACCCCCCCUUCCCCUUCCCCGUCUCAAACCACUCUGUUACCAAAACAAGCCCAGGAGAUUGGAGGUCAGACUAUUUAUUGAGCAUGUGUCCAGGAAGAAAGAGAAACGGCCCAAAGAAACUCUUUACUGAAGCCUCCGGGAGUCAGUAAGAACCAGCAUGAGAUGUCUGGUUGUUUUUUGGGGGGAAAAA